CUCAUGCGGAUGCUCGCGUUAUCAGCGCACUUAGCAACUGUCAUAAAUAUUUUGGAAAUAUCGUGCUUUUUGUGAAUAUUUAGAACAAAAGGGACUUUUGAAUAUAAGAACAUGGAUCAAGUUGGAAAGCUUGAGCUUUCCUGGGCUCAAGGUUACAACGGAGACCAGGCAUGCUACAUUGACAAGGAUGUGAUCUGCUACCUAUGUGGGAACAAUGUCAAGUUUGUAGCCGAGGAUGGUGCAGAAACAGUCUUCAAAUUUCCUGGAGAAGGAGUGGGGCCUUUGGCAGUCCACUCUCUGAGCAGAUGCUUUGCUGUUGCUGAGCAGUGCAUCAACCCAAAGAUUUAUGUGUUUAUCUACCCAACAUUUAGGUCAAUGUCAGUUCUUGAGGGAGGUGCCAAGUUGGAGUACUCAAAGCUGUUUUUCUCCAGCAGUGAUUACCUGUGCAGUUUGUCCGGCAUUCCGGAGUUUGAGCUUACCCUCUGGAACUUUGACAAAGGCAUAAAACUGUGCACAUUUGCGCUGUCCCGCGACAACAUUCCAACCAGUAUUUCAUUCAAUCCUGGAAACUGGCGACAGAUCUGUGUGACCACGGAGAAAACUAUCACACUACUCAACAUUGAGCAAAGCAACAAAUACUAUGUUAUGCAGCCAAGUGUUAUUCAGUUUGGCCAUUAUAAUUGGCCCUACCAUAGACGUAUUCGACUGCCUGCUGUGGAUCCUGAAAUGGAGGAGUAUGAUGAGUUUGAUCGUGACAUCCCAACACGUGCUUCAACACGGAUGACACGCUACACAGUUGAUGUCCCUAAGGCAGCAAAGGCCGGGCUUGUGGGUGAGCUUGCCGAGAAAUUGGAUGACAUCCAGGAUGAGACAGAAAGGGUAAAACCAGUCUCACAGGUGUGGACACCCAUCGGAGACUUGUACCUUGGCUGUGCUGGCGGGCAAAUUUUGAAGGUUGAUAGUGAGCAAUACAGAGGAAAAGUGAUCUACUACCCACCUAAGAUACCAGAUGCCCCAGACUCAAGGAUGUCAAGCGCAGGUUUUCAGCGGGAAUCCAUGGUUGACAUACAGCAGCAUGUGCCCGAUGUGAGCCAGAUGAUUCUAGAUGGGAGUGUAGACUGUAUCGGACUUCACAAGCGUGGACUGUAUUGUGCUGGCAAGGAUGGUACCAUUCGGCUGGUAGAUGUGAAGUCUAGUGACGUUAGCGUGAUUGAGCAGUGUAACAUGGGUGUACCCAUCACUUCCAUGUCGUUCUCACCAAGUUACAGGCGCCUCGCCCUUGGAUCAUCACAUGGUUCCCUUCACCUGUAUGAACCUGGCGCUCCAGAGAGCCUGAAACUGCUGAGGAAUCUCCACCAUGGGGAAUUUGUCAGCAUAGGUAUCCUCCCCGGAAAUGAGUACUGCGUGACAUGUCGCGUGAAUGGUGAAAUCCAGGUGUGGUCGGUAGACAAAGGCCAUCUCAUCUCUUCCGUCUCCAUAGACAUGCCUGCAUAUUCUAUGGCAUGCAGCCCACUGUUGAAUGUGUGUGCAGUAGGUACGGCUGGUGGGUUCAUUUACUACGUGGAUUUGUGUAACAUUGACGAGCCCAGGGUUGUGGAGAGAGUGCGAGUGUAUGAAGGAACAGUGGCUAACCUCGUCUACCAGGACACUGGGGCCUAUCUCCUGUCAGCCUCAGAAGAUGGACAAGUCUUCCUUAUCGAUGGAAGAGCCUCCAAGAAAUUCAAGCCAUUGGCUCAUACAGAGACGAGACCUACAGGUGUGAAGGGUGCUGUCCAGUCCCUUGCCUCAUACACAGACACAUCUGGUACCAUCCACGUGAUUGUGACCCACAACACGACCGGGAACCGGCGAAGCGGGGCAAACUACCUCACCUACUUCUCUGUUAGUGAGGAGGUGAUUAGAGAUCUGAGGUACAACUGUAACAGUCUUAAGUAUGAUUUCAAAGACAAGUCGAUCCGCAAGGUGACCUUGAAACUGGCUGUUCCAUCGUACGGCGUGGCCAUCUCCGAGGGCGACACAGUGUACAUGAUGGCGCAGAAUAACAAGAAGAUCCACCAACACAACCUUCCCAAACCUGAGGAACUGCCAUCAGAAAAGACCAGAGAUCCGAAGGAGUUGGAAAAGCUGCGUAUGGAGCCUGUGGCAGAGUUUCCUGGUCACCAGCUGCCUGGCGGGCAGUGCCUGCUGUCCCCUCAUCACAAGUGGCUCGCUACGUUCGGCACUGAUGGAUCCAUCAUGCUCAGAACAAUUGGACAAAUGGACAAGACAGUGAGUCUGACGCCCCAUGACUACCGGAUUGGAGGGGUAAAAGCUGUUGCAUUUGCAGAGGACAGUCAACACAUUUUCACCACCGGCUUUGAUGGGGUUCUCACAUGUUACUCAUGGAACCCACCACUUAGUGGUAGAAGUUACUCACCCACUGGUCUUGGGAAGGCCAAGUCUGCUAUGGAGGCUGCCAGGGCCAAAAAGUCGAAGCUGAUGACCUCACAGAAGGAGGAGAAUGAUGUCAUACAGGGCAUGCCAGAAUGGGAACCAGAAAGGGGGACCAGGCCAACAUCUGAGAAGCAGCAAGGAACCAACAGGGAAGCCAGGGAGAAAGCCAAGCGUGAUGAGGCCCUGGAGAGAGAUGAGAUUUAUAAAACACCCACCCCCAUACCAGAGGACAACUCAACAUGGCUGCAGGUUCAGGAGCUGGAGUCAUUCAAAGAGGAAGACAAGCAGUAUGCAGAGAUCAAGAAAAACCUUCGUGUCUCCAUCAAGGACAUGCGUAAAACUCUACAAAGCAUGUUGCGUAACAACGAGACCCUACCAGACAUAGAGCAGCUCAACCAUCAUGAGUUUGACCUUGACAUUGAGGAGCAGCUUAGACUUCAGGCUGAGGCUGACCUUGAGGUUGAGAGGGUUCGUGAGGAGAUAGAGUUUGAGAACUUGGCAAAGAUGUACCUGCGUGAGAUGAUCAAAAGGGAGUGUUGGGAUGAGAUGGUUGUCAAGGGAAGGGCUGUACAGGCCUUCAACUCCAACUUGGAAGUGAGUAACUUCCCAAUGCGUGAGCGACCCAAGGAAACAAAACAGCUGUUGGAAACCGUCACCAAACGGAGGCAGAUUGAAAUCGCCGAAGAAAAGGCUCUUGAGGAUAAACCUCUACCUGUUAUUAAGAAAAAGAAGGCUAGAAAAGAAACUCUAGAAAUCACAACCAAGCUAGUGCCAACAACAGCGGAUGAUGAGGGAGGUGAGGGAGAGGAUGAUGACGGGAAGGAGCAGCCCUCAACCACGGGCAGUCUAGAAGGUGGAUUGCCAGAUUCGGACCGUAUUGGUGCACAGUAUGGAGGAGGCAGUGAGCUGUUCUAUAGCCAGUUUGAGCUGCAUGCCAGAGAACAGAAAGUCAACCAGAUUGUCUUGCUAGAGGACGCCAUAUUCCGUAUCAAGAACCUGUUCAACAAGGAGUUUGAUGAGCUGUUUCUCAAGAAAGAGCAGGAGAUUGGAAAGAUCACAGACAAGAACAAGCGCAUAAAGAAGAUCAUCGCUGACCUUGAACUUGUAGAAGAGGUCAUUGAACCCACCAUGGGUAUCGCAGAGAAACCGGAGAUUCUUCUUACUGUUAAUGAUGAUGAGGUAAAGGUAGAAAAGUUCUACACGCCAGAGCAGCGUAAGGAAAUAGAGAAGAAGAAGAAGGAAGAAGAGGAACGCCGGGCUCGUGAAAGGGGAGAUAAUAUCCGAGAACGGGCUCUCGUUGAUAUGAUGGGCGGAGUGCUGGAGAUCAAGAAAGAAGAUGAACUAAAGAUGGAUAUUCCAAAGCCAGCGUUCAUGAGCCAGAAAGAGGAGUCGGAGUGGAGUGAAGAUGAGCAGAAGGCUGCCAAGGAGUUUGAGAGGAGAGUGAAAGAGCUCCAAGAAGAGAGGGAGAAAUACAGAAAGCAACUGGAGGCGGAGCUGCGCAAGAACCAGAGUGUGAUUCAGGAAAGCAUGGCUGGCUUCGAUGACAUGCUUAACACCGUCUUCAUGAAGAAAAUCAAGGUCAUGAUGGUCAUCUAUCAGGAGGAGUUGAAGAUCCUGCGGCUGCGCUACUCUCUGCUUGUUGAGGAGGAAAUGGAAACACAGGAGAAUGAGCUUCUUCGUCUCUUUGAACAGAAGAAAGUAAACAAGCAAAAGGCGACCCAGACGGUACAGGAGACUCGUAAGAGUGUUGACGCGUUCCGUGAGCAGUAUGACAUUCUCCUGGCGGAGGACAAGGUCAUGGACAAACAGUUCAAGAAAGAGUUCCAGGACGUGUCUGCUGUACAGCAGGACCAGCUCUACAGGUUCUUCAAGAAACGACCCAGGGCUCUCAAGAUAACAAGAGCAGAGGGUGACGCCAAUAUGUUACCUAACCCAUUUGCAGACCGCCCAUCCACGGCACGCACUAAUGCUCAGACAGACUCAUACAUGUCAAACCAGAUGACAGACCUAGACAAACUCUCAAACUGUCCGGAGGGAGUGGAGCAGUCAGUCUGGGAUAGGCUGUGUCGAUACCGCAUGGAGAAAGUCAGGAGUGAAAACCUGUUGAAGUCGAGUGCACUGGUCCUUGCAGAGAUGAACACGUUUUUAGGGAAGAGGCAAGAGGAAGAUGAACGAUUACGGAACGACAUCGACCACAUACAGGAUCAGCUAUCAAAAUUACGUGAGGACCGUACACGCUUUAAUCUGAACCUUGAAGUACAACUGCUAUUGAAGCAGGGUCAGGUUGAGGUCGAUGCAGGCACAUUCAUCCAUGACUACAAAGACAGUGCCCUAAUUCACCGCAGUGUCGUCGAGGAACUUAAUAACAAUAUCAAGGGACUUGGUGAGAGUAAAAUUGCCAGUAUGGUUGAGAGUAAAGACUUCAGAAAAGGCAUCAUACAGCUGGAGUGGGAACACAAGAAGAUGUUGAUGCAGAUGGAGGAUUUACAGAACAAGAUGAAAGACAUCCAGUUCAUGAAGGUCACACGGGAAAUACAACUUUUCCUAAAUUCUCCUGACUAUGAAGGAAGAAAACAGGGAGAGGUUGGAAAACUGGAACAGACCAUCUUACAACAGAAACAGAUACACGAGAAAAAUAUUGACGAGCGUCAGAAACAGUUGAAGGAACUAGAACGUACGAUAAAACAGCGUGAAAACGAGAAUGAACAAGUUCUAAAGGAAUUGGAGAACCUCAAUGUCUCUGUGUAUGAACGCAGACACAUAGAGGAAGUCAAUGCUGACAGAAGGAACGACUCUGGGGCGGAGAAACGUUACCAGGAGAUCGUCCAGCGUCGUAAAUUGGUGGAUCUCGCCAAGGCACAGGCCCAGGAGGUGGCCGUCCUACGUGCCGAGGUGGAGCGACUACGUAUGAGAACAUUCCCUGCACUUGUGCAGGUUGAACAUUAGCACUGGCUGAGCACAUAAUACUCCUGUGUUGAAAAUCAGUAUCGGACUACAUUUAUGAAAAAUGUGAAAAAAAUAGUUUUAUAUGUAUGUGUACAAUGAUUGUUGUAAUGUGCAUUUUUGCAAUAUGAACAAAAAACAUCACAUUUACUGUUUUUAUAAAAAUUUCAAUAAAAAAGUCUUUGAAACUAUUUCUGACAGUGAAAUUGGUUGAUAAAAAUAAGCUGACAAGAAUACAAAUUAUUGUUCAUUUUAUAUCAUAAUUCAAUUAUCAAAUUACUUAAAUUGUUUAUACUGCCGAUCUUUGGUGAAAUAUUUGAUUGUAUUUAUUUUUUAUGUCUGAUGGCAAGUUGUUAAAAUGUUAAUAUUAUUUACUAUGUCUGUGAUAAACAUGUGUACAUGUCGGAGAUUAAGACAGUAUUUGAACUGUAUGUAUAUUAUACAGUACCAUCCGUCCAAAAACUUGUGUAUUUUGAUUUUUUUUACGGAUACAAGUUAAAGUGCAUGCAGUCUAUUAAAGACUCCUCUGUGAAUAUUUUGAUAGUUUAAACAUGAUAUGUAAAUUAUGGUUUGAUUACAUCACAAACAACCAAUAAAACUGUGUGAUAAAUCAUUUAUCAAAUGAAUACUGUUGUGUUAAAAGAAGGCUUUGGCAUUGCUGAUUAUUUUUAGUAUCCUUAAGAAUAUCAUUAAGAUAGCCUUUUUUCCCUAAGUUUAUUGUUAAAGCAGAAAUCAGAACUUGAUAAUGUUUGUAAGAUCACUGGUCUGAAUAUUAUUGUAUAAUGCUGUUAUCAAAUGCUAAAAUUUUGAAUAAAUUCUAUUAUAUUGAA